CUUCGCUUUUCUCCGAACGGGGGUAUUUUACGGACCUGGCAGCUUCCGUAGCGGGCUCUCCGAGCGACGUCAAUUCAAAGAAACAUGGCGGACGAAGUCGAGCAGCAACCAACCACCAACACCGUUGAGGAGCCGCUCGACCUGAUCAGGCUCAGCUUGGACGAGCGGAUCUAUGUCAAGAUGAGGAACGACCGGGAGCUCCGGGGCCGUCUGCAUGCAUACGAUCAGCACCUGAACAUGAUCCUGGGUGACGUGGAGGAGACGGUGACGACGGUGGAGAUUGAUGAGGAGACGUAUGAGGAGCUCUACAAGUCUACGAAGAGGAACAUCCCCAUGCUGUUUGUCCGAGGUGACGGCGUCGUUCUCGUAGCUCCGCCUCUCAGGGUGGGCUGAAGGCGUGACGGACAGUUUGUGUUUGCCGUAACGGCUACAAAGUGUUGCAACAGUUUUUGUUUUGUUGUUUAUUUUUGCCCCCCUGAUGGAAAACUCUGGUUGCAUUCAUCAUCCUUUUAAUUUUCAGUGAAAUGUUUUCCACUCUGUUGAUGCUUGGGAAGAUAACAUAUUUCUGAGUGAAGAAUCAGGACAAGAUUAGAUUGACAUUUCUUUUUAUUUAGAGUAGCUAUUAAACUCAGUAAUUCAAUUAACUCUGCUCAGGAAAUACAUGUUUUUCAGUUUUGAUGUAGCUGCUAGUAUUACGGUAUCUACUCGUCUCACAAGCAUUUCUUUGUGGUUUCAGGCUCUGAAGUAUAAUGAGUUUCUUUUUAUUCCUGAUUCUUUAAAUUUCCCUUUUUUUUUUUACGUUGACGACUUUCUGAAGUUCAUUAUGAUGCAAUUUUAAGGUUGAAGGGUUUUCAUUCAAUCCUUUUAAUCUGUAUUUGUGUUUUAUUGUUUGAAUCGAGUCCAUUUGUAAAAAAUCCUUUUUUAUUUGGUCAAACAAUAAAAAAAUACAAUUUAAAAGAGGUGUUAUGUUAUUUUUCAUUGAACUACCUGUGGAAAGAAACAAACUUAGAUACUGUGGUAGAUGAGUUGGACGCAUUAAUAAAGAGUUAGAUUUCUUUUUAAAUGUUUUUGUCAAAAGAAAAUAUAUUUUUACCUUGGUCUGAAAUUGUUGUGGGGUUGCAUUUUAACCACAAGAUGGCAGUAUAGCUCUUAGAAUUUUUUUUUUUUUUUUUGUAUUGUCAACUGAAAUCUACUAUUGUGUGCCCACAGACAGACUUCUGCUUUUCACAAAAACUAAUAAACAA